AUGCUUCAAACGACUCCCUCCACUACGACAGGUACAGCGGCUGAUCCAGUUCCAUUUCCCAAUAGCUUAUAUACACCCUGGAAUCAGGGCUUUCAUUUCUUGUUUAACAAUCAACUAAAUUUAAAGCUCGGUUCGGAUGGUUAUGACAAUUAUCAAGCACCAAUUAAUCAUCAAGGUGAACAACUCUAUCUCAGGCGAUUAUGGGCCAGGGGUGAGAUUCAAUUCAUUGACACUCCUAAGAUCAAUACCAAUUUAACAUGUACUGAAAGUAUCAAAUCAGUUAGAAUGAUAGAAGAAGAUACGUUUGUGACUAUUGUACGAAAUUUCCAAGAAUCGGAGACUGGGAAGGAGUUAUUGAUUGAGAAUAGAACUUUGGCGUAUACUAAUCAAUUAUACAAUCCUGCUAAUAAUAGAUGUAAAGUCUUAGAAGGUGAGAUUUCGUCGGCGAAAGAUAUGUGUAUUUCAUAUGUUGAUUUGUUGAAAUACAGUAUGUUGACAUUUAAUUUGCAUAAGAUUCAUUUCGAUCCCAAAUAUUGCCGAUCAAUUGAAGAUUUGCCAACUACUAUAGUCCAGGGCCCAUUACAAGUUACAUUACUAUUAUAUUGGUUUGGGAUCAAUUAUCCUGAUUUGAAGGUCUCUAAUUUCAAAUAUCGGACAUAUGAACCUUGUUUUGUUCAUGAAGAAAUUUGCUUGAAUAUUGCCAAAGAAAAGGACAAUGAGUUUGUGUUGAGUAUUUUCAACAAAGAGACCAAGAGGGUAUAUAUUGAUGGAAGUUUAACAACUUCAGUCUAG